UCUCUUCUUAAAAACUUCCAUUGUUGGAGCAUUCACAACUUCUGGAGGCAGCUUGUUCAUUGAUUAAUUGUUCUGUCAGGAAAUUUCUCCUUAGUUAUUGCUCCAUGUUCAUAUUGAGACACUAUGAAAUAACAGUUUUAUUUUCUUUAUUUAUUCAAUUUAUAUCCUAAUUACAGAAAUGGAACUGAAAGCUAUACUUACAGCUCCAUUCUGAAUGCCACUCAAGACAUAUUCUUGUAUUUUAAAAUCAAGUCUCCAGUGACAGUUAACAUUCGUUGAUAACUUGAAGGAACUGUAUUAACCAUACUAGCUUUAUCAUAUUCGUCCGCUUGAUCAAAAGUUGGAGGUAAUCAGGUUUUAUUCAUUCUACUGCUUUUAGGUACGGCAAUCCACUUCUAUCACUAAGACUGUGCCUUCGUAUUCUGUUAAUGCCAGAAUUUAUCCCGGACUUCGAUAUAGAAUGGUUAUAAUCGAACCAGUACUUUAAUGCCCACACAGCAGCUACUAAGGUAGUCAUUCGCCCCUUUCCUUUCUUGGCUGAUAAUUGUCAACUUUUCCGUCCAUUCCGUUCGAGCAACCCAACUUUAUUCCAUCCCGAACUACAAUUCCCAUGAUGCUUUGCGACGUCACACGUUAGCUUCCGGUGGCGCGUGACUUCCGGCUCGGAUCGGAACCUGGAGUCCGGACUCGAUCCGGGUAUCAACAUUCCAAAAACAGAUACCAGAAAUGGCUGAAGAAGGCAGCGACUUUAUAUGGUGUGAAGAUUGCAAUCAGUAUCACGAUUCAGAAUGUCCAGAGCUGGGUCCUGUGGUGACAGUCAAAGACUCCUUUGUGUUAAGUAGAGCAAGAUCAUCCCUUCCUUCCAACUUGGAGAUCAGACAACUUGAAGAUGGGACUGAAGGUGUUUUUGCAAUAACUCAACUUGUGAAGCGUACCCAGUUUGGUCCCUUUGAAUCCAAGAGAGUUGCCAAACUAGAAAAGGAAUUAACAUUUCCACUGAAGGUUUUUCAGAAGGAGGGGUCUCCGGUCUAUUUUGAUACAUCUAAUGAAGACGACUGUAACUGGAUGAUGAUGGUGAGACCAGCCAGUCUAUAUGAGCAUCAAAACCUGACUGCUUUUCAACAUGAUAAUGACAUUUACUUCACUACUUCUCGGGACAUCCCACCUGGAACUGAGUUAAGAGUAUGGUAUGCAGCUUUCUACGCCAAAAAAAUGGAAAAGCCAGUUCUAAAGCAAUGCAUUGUCAAUGCUGUGGUGGAAUGUGACCAACAACGAAAUAAAAGCACUUAUCCUACUACCUUUUCUUUUGAGAAACUCAAGAAGUUAGCCAAGAAUAAUCAAUCUGCUAGAACUGAUCCUUCAGAACAUGGGCAGGGUCAUUUGGAGCAAGGUAAAACAGUUCCACAGAGCAGUCAAAAUGAUGUUCAUCUAGAGAAGGCUAUGGAAGUUCCCCAUACUGAUCAACCCAUCACUAUCUGUGAAAGUGCCAAUUCCCAAGUGAAUAUGAAGAAAAAACCUCGACGGGGCAGGAAACCCAAAGGAACAAAAGUAGAAACACCUCUUGUGAUUGUGGAUGAUAAAGAUUCUACUGCAGUGAAUACAGUGGACCAUGUGGCUGAAAUUAUCACUGAGGUCCCACCUGAUGACACAGCAAUUCCUUCAGCAGCAGAAGAUCAAAUUAUGGAGCUGAUGUUAGCAAAGCUACCCAGUACUGCAAACAACGUGGGUUCAUUAACAAAGUUUCCUCACCAUCAGAGCUCUGUAUCCCUUAAGAGAAGUUUAAUCCUUUCCAGCCGACACGGGAUUCGACGCAAGUUGAUCAAGCAGCUUGGGGAACACAAGAGGGUGUAUCAGUGUAGUAUCUGCAGUAAAAUGUUCCAAAAUAGUAGCAAUCUCAGCCGACACAUCCGCUCUCAUGGUGACAAACUAUUCAAAUGUGAGGAAUGUGCUAAGCUUUUUAGUCGAAAAGAGAGUUUGAAGCAACAUGUUUCAUAUAAACACAGUAGGAAUGAGGUUAACAGUGAAUAUAGAUACAGAUGUGCUACAUGUGAAAAAGCUUUUAGGAUAGAAAGCGCAUUAGAAUUCCACAACUGCAGGACAGACGAUAAGACAUUUCAGUGUGAGAUGUGUUUCAGAUUCUUUUCUACAAACAGUAAUCUUUCAAAACAUAAAAAGAAACAUGGGGACAAAAAAUUUGCCUGUGAAAUUUGCAAUAAACUAUUCUACCGAAAGGAUGUGAUGUUGGAUCAUCAGAGGCGGCAUCUGGAAGGAGUGCGACGUGUAAAAAGAGAGGAAUUUGAGCACAAUGCAGAGAGUAUGGUUCGCUACAAGAAAGAGCCUUCCAGAUGCCCAGUGUGUGGAAAGAUUUUUUCGUGCAGGAGUAAUAUGAAUAAGCACCUUUUGACCCAUGGAGAUAAGAAAUAUACAUGUGAGAUUUGUGGCCGUAAAUUUUUCAGAGUCGAUGUUCUGAGAGAUCAUAUUCAUGUUCAUUUUAAGGACAUAGCAAUAAUGGAUGACCACCAGAGAGAAGAAUUUAUUGGAAAAAUUGGAAUCUCUUCAGAAGAAAAUGAUGACAACUCAGAUGGAAGUGUGGAUUCUGAGCCCCACAAGUAUAGCUGCAAAAGGUGCCAGUUAACAUUUGGCCGAGGUAAAGAGUACUUGAAACACAUCAUGGAAGUUCACAAAGAGAAAGGUUAUGGUUGUAGCAUCUGCAACAGACGCUUUGCUUUGAAGGCAACUUACCAUGCUCACAUGGUCAUACAUCGGGAGAACCUACCAGACCCCAAUGUGCAAAAAUAUAUUCAUCCAUGUGAAAUCUGCGGAAGGAUUUUUAACAGCAUAGGAAAUUUAGAACGACAUAAACUUAUUCAUACAGGGGUGAAAAGUCAUGCCUGUGAACAAUGUGGCAAAUCAUUUGCAAGGAAGGACAUGUUAAAAGAACACAUGAGAGUCCAUGAUAACAUCCGAGAAUAUCUAUGUGCAGAAUGUGGUAAAGGCAUGAAAACAAAGCAUGCAUUGAGACAUCACAUGAAGCUUCACAAAGGAAUAAAGGAGUAUGAAUGUAUGGAAUGCCAUCGGAAAUUUGCACAGAAAGUCAACAUGCUUAAACAUUAUAAACGGCACACAGCAGGGAUCAAAGAUUUCAUGUGUGAGCUCUGCGGAAAGACCUUUAGUGAGAGGAACACAAUGGAAACCCAUAAACUAAUUCACACAGUGGGGAAGCAGUGGACAUGCUCAGUGUGUGAUAAAAAGUAUGUCACAGAUUACAUGCUUCAAAAGCAUAUCCAGCUGACUCAUGAUAAAGUAGAAGCUCAGAAUUGUCAACUCUGUGGGACAAAAGUAUCUACCAGAGCUUCAAUGAGUCGUCACAUGAGAAGAAAACACCCAGAGGUUCUUUCAGUUAGGAUUGAUGACUUGGAGCAGCUAUCAGAGACCACAACUAUUGAUGCUUCAUCUAUAGGAAUUGUGCAGCCAGAUCUAGCUCUGGAACAAAGUGAAUUACAAGAAGGGAAGCAUACAAAGGCUCAUAAACGAGGUCAUAAACAGAAGCACAAACCUGGCGAAGAAGAGGAAACACAACUUCCUGAAGAUUCUGCGUUCACUGAAUAUACAGAAAAAGAAGUGGAAUUUACAGGAAAUGUAGGGGAUGAAACUAAUUCAGCAGUGCAAAGCCUUCAGCAGGUGGUGGUGGCCCUUGGAGACCCGAAUGUGUCAGCUCCUUCUAGUUCUGUUGGUUUGACCAAUAUUAGUGUUACUCCAAUCACUACGACUGCUGGAACCCAAUUUACAAAUCUACAACCUGUGGCUGUAGGUCACCUUGCCACGCCUGAACGCCAAUUGCAGCUAGACAAUUCUAUUCUCACAGUGACAUUUGAUACAGUUACUGGUUCUGCCAUGUUGCAUGGCAACCGCCAAAAUGAUAUCCAGAUACAGUCACAGCCUGAGGCAACCAACCCCCCAUCAGUAGCUCAUUUUAUAAACCUAACAACUCUGGUGAACUCCAUUGCUCCAUUAGGGAGCCAAAUAGCAGAACAGCAUCCCUUAACAUGGAGGGCAGUGCCUCAAACUGAUGUCUUGCAGACUCAGGCCCAGCCAUCCCAACCACAGACAGGGCAACAGCAGGUUCAACCUGAACAGCAGCAGCAAAUGUACAGCUACUAACUUCUACUUGAAAGAAGACAACCAACCUCUGAAUGGGUUUGCAGAAGCCCAUGGGACACCAAACCUAAAUCAAUUGCUGGAAACCAAACAUAUGGGGAAUAAAAGGCUUAUGGUGUGAGAUGUAUGCUGAUCUUAACCCAGCAACUAGAAAUGCCAAGCCCUUGAGAAUUUCACACUCUUCACACUCAUUGCUACUUUAGCAAAUUAUGGGUACUGUUAAUCAGCUGCAGGAAAUAGGUACAAGGCAAGUUUCAGGAGAGUUGAGACUGUUUUUAAAGCAGAAGAGGAAGAACAAUGUAAAGCUAGGAUAUGCCUGCCUGACAGUGGGGUGCAAGAGCCUAACUGAGCAAAAAAAAUAAUUUUUGUUUAAGUUUUGCUUUUUCUUCCAUAGACCAAUCCAUUGUAUCUAAUGGAACAAAGUGGGUGGAAGUAGGGUGGGGAUAGUCUGUGAUGUGAUAUGUGCUUCGUUUCAUGUAUCAUUUUCAUUAUAGUGAUGGAGAAACCACUCUAUACAUAAGACAACAUGGGACGUUACCUGGAAUUAGAUAGUCUAAUGUUAAAGUAACAUUUAUGGUCUCUUGCCUAGUAAAAUUAAAACCUGAAUCCAGCUUGUUCUGAUCUAAAUCCGUAAUGAGGUAAUAUAUUUACAAAACUGCUUGCUAAUUAAGUUCUUCCCAUUGAAAUUGAUUUGCCAGUUGGUCAUUAAUUCACCAAUUUGUCUGUUCUAUCAUGUCAUAAAUAUUUGGGUUCAGAUGGGUGAAUGGUCGUUUUUCUAUAAUACCCUUUGCAAUUCAUUCUGUGUUCCUGGCAGGUAUUUGCAAAUUGAGGGACCCUUUCCAAACUGACAUCAUAUAUCCACUUGUAUCAUUUGUAUCAGCUGAUAGGAGAAUUCUGCUUCUGGAAACAAAAAUGCAUAGCAGCUUACUACAAAUUAGAGUGUAAUAUCCAUUGCAGGUGAUAUUGACCACAAAGAGGUAGACUGAACAAAUGCUAAAGAAAAAUAUUUGUCCUAAACAAAACAUGGAAGAAAAUUCACAUUAUCCACUCAAACUAAAGGGAACAUCUCUGAACCCUUACAUGCUGUAUCUGCUUGACGUUGUUAAGUCCAAGUUCAGUCUAUAUUGUGUGUGUAUGCUCAUUAAAUAAAGGAGAGUAGCCCAGUGGUUGACGGGGAAAAAAAUUGAA